AUGGCGCUCACAAACAGGGAUGUGCUUACCUUCUUGCCUAAAUGCCUCUGGAUCUUCCUCAGGCUAUCUCUCAACACCCUCUUUGCGCCUUUGAGAUCGGGCAGGGCUCGCAGCAAGACCAUCGGCGUCUAUAUCCGUCAGCGCUGGACACAGGCCCUUUUCUACAUUCUGACGGCAGGACAGAUUCAGUUUAUUUUCCCAGUAUGGCUUGCCGCGUACAAGGCGCAAAUGAAGAAGUCGCAGAAACCUACCGCCGUUGACAAUGUGCCCAAUACCCAGGUACAGGGUGUGUGGUUUGGCGAUGCGAAGACCGCAACAACAAUAAUGGUAUACUAUCCAGGCGGUGGCCAUGUCAUUCCCGGCCUGGCCAUCCACGCCGCGGCACUUGAUCGAUGGACAUCAUGGUGCCAAGGCCGCCUUGCCAUCUUUGCCAUUCAAUACUCCCUCGCACCAGCUGUCAUGUAUCCCACAGCCAUUGGCGAAUCAGUCGAGGCUGUCCGUUUCGUUCUCCAGGGUCCAGGCAAGGGCAAGGAGAUCAUGGUCGGCGGUGACAGUGCGGGCGGUCAGAUCGCGCUGGCAGUCAUGAGUCACCUUGGUGGCCAUCCGCAUCCCGAUGUAGAUAUCGUGCGGCCACUAGAUCUUAAAGGUGGAAAGGUUAAGGGCGUUAUUCUUCUUUCACCGUGGACGAGCAGCGACACGGCCCGUUUUGCAUCGAUAACUGAACUCAGUGGGGUGGACAUCAUCAGUCCGACCGCCAUCAAAUACUGGUCAGACCUAUAUCAAGGCAGCAAGCCCGACGACCCGUACAUUGUGCCCGAAAUGGCAGACGCGAACUGGUGGAUGGGCGUAGGAGAGGUAACCCAGUCCAUAUUCGUCUCUUAUGGUCAAGAUGAGUCGUUUAAGGAUGCAAUCACGUCAUGGGCCCGCAAGUUCCAGCAGGGCGUCGGAAACGACAAGGUGAGGGUGGUGGCUGGCGAGAAUGAGGGCCACAACGGGCCCCUCAGCCUGCUUCCAGAAAGGAAGCUCGCUGCCGAGAUUGUUGAGCAUGAGAAGUCAGCUGAGGGGGCUCUGCGCUAUUGUGUUGGAGCUGCACAUGAUAUUCACUGGAUCGGCAUCGCUUUUAGCCUAGCACUCAGCUCUGUUGGUAUUGUGACGGGUUCUACCAUAGCCCACACCUUUGUCGUCAAUUGUUACAAGGAGGCUGCCGGAGAAUGUAUCAUCGCCGUCAUCUUGUGGCGAAACACAAUUGGCUUUGCUUUUAUUUAUUCGAUUCUUCUCGAAGGCCAAUAA